CCAGGCAAGACCUCAGCUCCCGCGGCAGCAUCAGACAGGCCCGUCUCGUGCUCCCAGACACCGCGCCCCGAGGAGGCGCAGAGCACGGCGGCCGCCGCUGAACCUCUUGCAGCGCCCCGGGCCGGUGCAGCCCCAGCCAAGAGCGCGGCGCGCGCAGCCGUGUCACCCCCCACCCAAGGCGGCGGCGGCUGCUCGGACUUCGGCUUCUGGAGGUGCUGGGGGACGGCGGGAGAGUUGUCGGCAGCCCUCGCGCUUCUUGCCGUGGCGGCUACGGGAACCUUGGCCGCCACCUUCUGCGCGCCCUUGCUGCCUCGCGCGACCCCAGGAUUGCGAACUCUAGCCCCUGUCCAGUUGGGCGGGGCUCCGCGCUCCUGCCCUCGGCCCGGAUGGGUCUCCUGGCUGGGACUCGGGGCACCUGGAGUUAAUGUCCAACUGGGGGUCUGCGGAGACCGGAUCCGAGGUGCCGCCGCCGGACGGGACUCUAAGAUGAAGUUAUGGGAUGUCGUGGCUGUCUGCCUGGUGCUGCUCCACACCGCGUCCGCCUUCCCGCUGCCCGCCGGUAAGAGGCCUCCCGAGGCGCCCGCCGAAGAUCGCUCCCUCGGCCGCCGCCGCGCGCCCUUCGCGCUGAGCAGUGACUCAAAUAUGCCAGAGGACUACCCUGAUCAGUUUGAUGAUGUCAUGGAUUUUAUUCAAGCCACCAUUAAAAGACUGAAAAGGUCGCCAGAUAAACAAAUGGCAGUGCUUCCUAGAAGAGAGCGGAAUCGGCAGGCCGCAGCUGCCCACCCGGAGAAUUCCAGAGGAAAAGGUCGGAGAGGCCAGCGGGGCAAGAACCGGGGUUGUGUCUUAACUGCUGUACAUUUAAAUGUCACUGACUUGGGUUUGGGCUAUGAAACCAAGGAGGAACUGAUCUUUAGGUACUGCAGUGGUUCUUGCGAUGCAGCUGAGACAAUGUAUGACAAAAUAUUAAAAAACUUAUCUAGAAAUAGAAGGCUGGCAAGUGACAAAGUAGGGCGGGCAUGUUGCAGACCCAUCGCCUUCGAUGACGACCUGUCAUUUUUAGACGAUAACCUGGUUUACCAUAUUCUAAGAAAGCAUUCCGCUAAAAGGUGUGGAUGUAUCUGACUCCGGCUCCAGAGAC